AAAGGCGCCCGGCGCGGCGUUUUGCAUAGUUGUCACCUGCCGCCGAUAACGCCUCUUCCCUCGAGUCAUCGCCUUCUCUUGAGGUCACCAUGGCCACCGUCUGUGUUGCGAGUGCAACUGCACUGCUGCUCCUGAGCAUCUUCGCGCUGAGCCAGGCCACUACGAAGGAUGAGUACUGCCACCUGUGCUCCACUCACACCAUGUGCCGAUACACGGGCGUGUCGUCGGCGUGCCGCGCGGGCCGCUGGGAGCACGGCGUGCCGGCCGACCAGCAGGGCGCCAUCGUCGAAGUGCACAACAAGCUGCGCAACCAGAUCGCGCAGGGCAAGGAGACGCGUGGCAGCCCGGGUCCGCAGCCACCCGCGGCCAACAUGCUGCGCAUGACAUGGGACGAUGAGCUGGCGCAAGUAGCUCAACGCUGGGCAGAUCAGUGCAACUACCAACAUGACGCUUGCAGGAACGUGCCUCGUUACUACGUGGGACAGAACCUCUAUAUUAAAAUCCAGUGGCCGUGCUCAUCCAUGGAUAGCAAGCAAUACUGGGAAGAAGCCAUUCUAGCUUGGUACAAUGAAGUGGCUCAGUUCGACAAGAACUCCGUUGGUAGCCUCAAAGGCGCCAGCGGCACGGGCCACUACACGCAGGUGGUGUGGGCCAACACCAACCGCGUCGGCUGCGGCUUCUCGCUCUUCCAGGACGGCAACAAGUGCAAGAAGUACUACGUGUGCAACUACGGCCCUGGCGGCAACAUGUUGAAGCAGCCGGUGUACAAGGCGGGUACAGCCCGCUCCGCCUGCCCCUCCGCCACGGCCCGCGACGCGCGCUUCCCCAACCUCUGCUAGCCCCUCCCCCUCCCCAACCCACCUCACUGGAGAAUGAUCAUCCUUUCCACCUUCUCUGUUGCAGAUGUACAAGAUAAAUUGGUGGAAUUUUCCACCACUUUUGAUAGUUAUAUUAAACUCAUUGCCAGGAAUUUUUGUUUUUGUCUCUCACUUCUUCGUUCCACGAAAUUGGUGACAUAUAGUAUAGCAUUGUCUAUAGUGUUCUUUAAUGGUAUUCUGUGUAAUUUGGUAAAAGUAGGCUAGCGUAUUUAGCGCUUAUAAUUUGUCUACAUGAGUAUGCAUUCCAACAUAAUACCUCUCUUUCCGUGAAAAUGUCAUUCAUUAACGUCAUUCGCAAAGUUCAAUGCAAGAUAAGUCACAAGACAUCUGUUUGGAAUUUGGGCUGUACGUGACCCUGGUGCAUCAUUUUGACCAGAAUAAAAACGUGUAGUAAAGUUGUGUACUAUCCUUCGUUGAGCUCUGACCGGCACGUUGUUUAGAGUUGUAGCUGAUCCAGCUGCAUCGAGACUUCUGAAGCCCGAAGCCAACGCUAAGAAAAACCCCCUGUGGUUAUAUUACGAUUUUGUUAGAAUAUUAGUGAAACAGAUUAUUUUGCAGUAACAAUACCCUCACAUAAUAGCCGACGUACAGUCUGAUUAAAAUAUAUUUGAGUGACUUCUCAUUUGAAAUUACGUUUUCCCCCUUCGCGUUAUUAGAACUGUUUUCACGUUUGUUAUUCAACGCUCACGUUAUUCAACAAGCAAGUACUACACUGCGCCAAAAAAAUCCCACAGCACCGAGCCGAAUCAAGGCUUCCUAUUAAAAAUUGCAUUUAUAUUUGUUAGAAACCAGAUCACUUGGAAACAAGUGAUGGGAGCAACAUUUCCAACAUUUGUGAUUAGUAUGCAAUUUACGGUUUCAAGAUGCACUCUCUCCAGCAAGGUGCCGCAUCGGUGAGAUUCUCCUGGAACGCUAUAUUUUAUAAUUCUUUCGCAAAAUUCUUUGUAACAUGUAUGUCGAAGCCCAAAUUUAGGCGUCUUGAGAUAAUUAAAUCACAUACAAGACGAAAUCGUCUUUUACCGGAUUCUAAAGCCACUUAUUACAGAAAGUAACUAGAAAUUUGUUAAAAUGACGGAAAGAAGUCAAAAUUUAUCAGCUUCUUAUAUUUCUUUUACGAAAAGUCGCAACUAUUGAGAAUGUGUUGCUAAAAUUUUACCAUCGAUUUACGUAAACUAAUAGAUCUUUUUUGUAAAUUUUAUUACCACACCCUCCCCGGCAAAAUACGCAGAAAAGAAGUACUUGCGCUAAAUUUUCAGAACUUAUAUACGAGAAUUCAAUUAAUAACAGUAAACAAUUAAUUUGGCUUAUAAAACUAUUUCCUGAAAGACAGAUUACAUGGAUCAAUGUGUACAAAUUUCUAAUUAAAAACAAUUAACCUACACUUUCAGCACAAAAAUUCUACGAAUUCUGUGUGAAAUAGAGUAUUGGCGGAGAAUUUUGAAUUUUUGUUUUCAUCUUUUUCAGAAGUGCGAAGUGAACAAAGGCCCAAUUAAAAUCGCACCGCGAGAUACAAAAUUAAUUUAGCUUUCCGCCUCCCAACUCCACCCCGUUCAUGAAAUUCUAGAACCAAUACACGCUUUAAAAUAUUACACAGAAUAUUAUGUUUUUUAUAUCUAUUUUUUUAUAUUAAGUAUAUUAAUUUUAAACCUUGUAAACGUUUUUAUUUAUUGUAAAAU